AUGUCAUCCCAUCGCUAUCCCACCAAACCUGCUGCCAGUGAUCGCGAAGAUUCACCGUUAAAUGUCGUACAAGUAAGUCAAGGUCAAUAGGAAACUGUAUAUUUGUAGAUUUAUUUGUGCAUUAAGACCAUGUUAAUUGUUAAAUAAUAAACAGAGCUGUCUGCCAGCUGCCAGCCAUCGGGAAUGGAAACAUGACAGCUCUGUUUUAAUUCCCAUCGGAAUGCCUGUUUUAUUUUAUAGAAUUUUACGAUUGCAUUCUUUAACCCUUAAGAACCUGGGAAAAUCUGGAUGUCAUGGUGUAAUUGAUCAAAGACGAUAGCAGGUUUUGGUUAGAAAAGUCUUAAUAUCCAUUUCAAUUUGAUGACGUUUUUGUCUCCUGAACCAACUGUGGAAUGUGUUGUUGUUGUCUUUAAAACAGGUUGUACUGGUAUAAAAAAUGUAUGUUACGUGAAUUACACUAAGUUGCUUUCUCAUGAUUAUAGCCAAAAAAUCGCAAAGGUGAAGGAAGUGCAAGAAGAAAUACACAGCACGCUCAGGAAGGUGAGUGUUCACUCAGAUUAUUAUUACGGUGAUGAAAUCAGGUGGGUUUCAUCUUUCUUAAUGUCGGUGGAAAUUAUUAUCGGAAAUCAGACAUUUGUUGUUUAAUUCUAUUUCAACUGUUAACAGAACGAUGAAAAGACAAUAUGAUCAAGAGUUUAGCAUUGCAAAACAUACCUGCUUUUAUUGCCCCACCAACCUCUCUAUUGUCCAUGAACAGUGCGUCAGGCUUCUGCCACUGAUCCAAACCGACUCCUCUCUGUAGAAUACUCAGGGGACACAGCAGCUCAAACUGGAGGGAAGAGAACCAGGCAGUACUCAUUAAGAGACACUCUAAGCACCAUAACCACCAUAACCACUACAGUCUGUGGAUAUGGUGCCAGGAGCCCACUGGUACCAUCCCAGGUUAGGAAUCAAAUUACUUUCCAAUGCUUUGACACUUAUUUUGGUCCCUUGGGUGUCUGAGGUCCUUCUUGUCUUCCAUGAUAUCACCAAAGCGAAGUUAUUAUUAUUCCUAUUCAUAUAGCGCCAACAUAUUCCACAGAGCUUUACAAUUAUAGAAAAGGGAUAUUCUGAGGUGAAGAAAGCCCUGCUUACACAAGUUUGCAAUCUAUGAGGAUUUAAAGGUCUGUACAGGAUUCACACUGAGUUUCCCAGGUCUAAGACAGUGAUGGCUAACCAGCCAAUAUAAGUUUCCAUUCUGCUCUAAAUAUUUCAUAAUUCUGGGCAUCAUUCAUUGACUGAGAGUGAUGCUCUCAGCCAUUUAAUUAAAGGAACACUUGCCACACAUGUCAAUUAAGUGGUUAUGGUGUCCAGGGUUUACCAAUGCCUUCCUACCUUCGAGAGUUAAACAAUUUUUGAAUGGUUUAAAACUGAAAUGGAGUCCCCAAGGCACUGGUCUGGCUUAACGUCUGGAAUUGCUCAGUACCUGCAGCAGUGGCUCUGAUCCCUUGCUGCCCAUGUGCUCCCACAUUUGCUGAGCAGUUCCAGUGAAGAAGAUGAGAACAGCUUAAAAUUUGAGAUUAAGAAGGCAUUAGGACUUUGGGUACAUUACCACUUCACUGGCAUGAAGUGGUUUUGGUGCCUGAAGUGUUCCUUUAAAUCCAAAUAGGGACAAGAUUGGUGCCAUAUCCACCACCAUACACUGUAGUGGUUAUGGUGCAUGGACUGCUACUUUAAUAAUUUUGCUAUUAUUAUAUUUGUAACAAUAUAAUGUUUCUGUUAUUUUGUGUACUGCUUGUAUGUGGUUCAGGUCAUCGUUAGAUUACGGAUCUGGUUCAGAAAUAAAGGUGUUUGUCAAAGAUCUUUCUGUAUUUACAAUUAUCUCAAUUCUAAAUAUAAAGACUUACUGUCCAACUCCAUUUUGAAUCAUUCAGUACCGAAAUUACACGUCAGGAAAAAUGAUGUGUCCGGUCACCCUCUCAAGACCAAUAAAUGCUCCAUGCAUAUGUCUCCCGAGCCAGAUCAGAGACCAGGAGAAGACAACAGGUCAUUCCAGCCAGACUUUCCACCUGUAAGUCCAUAUUUUUAUUUUGCUUUUUUAGAAAAAAAUGUUAUUAUUAUUAAUUUUUUUGUGGAAUAAAUUGUGUUUGUAAAAGCAGGAUAAUAAAAAUAUCCCUGCGUGUCCACUGGUGACUUAAUCUUAAUUAGCAAACUGCGCUCAAACAAUGAUACACCAUAAAUACAUAAUAACUACUCGGUUUGAAAUCUAAAAUGGAAGAAUGAAACUUUAUUUGUGUGUAUUUUAUUUUCAUUGAUCUUUCUGUCUAAUCCAUAAAUUCUCAGCUACGUCCUGAUUCGUCCCAAUAUCUACAAGACAAAAGUGGAUACAUGGCUAUGCGCAGCGUAUUAGAUGUCACACACAAAGACACAUUGGGGACAAAUACCUGUGAGCGCGAUGAAGAUAAAGGUUUGUAACAUUAUAACACACUGUCUCUCUGAUGUCACAUUCAGUAUGUCAGUAAUAUUAUCUGCACUGGUCAUCAAACAGUAUAUGGAAUCGAUUCCAUUCUGAAUGAUGCAGAGUCAGUAGACCCCAAAGUGAACCCCUACUGUUAUAAGCAUUACCCCAAUAGGGUUAUGGGUUUGGUACUUUGUGAUUUGAAAUUGACUGAUUUGUUAUUGUUUUGUUUACCAAAUAUAUAGAGGUGAAGCCAGUAAAUGUUAAUGACAAGAUACGACAAUUCGGUGAGCCUGUGGUUUGGAGAAAGUGGCCUAUUGAUCACAAACACAGUAUGGCCAAGCAGAAAACAAACAGCCAAUCAAAUAAGGAAAUAUUAUCCAACACAUUACAGGUAAGUCAGGGUUGGGGUGUUAUUCAGUAUGUAUCAGUAGGUGUCACAGAGUAUUAGGGUAAAGCCUCCUUAGCCUGGGGUACUGUGAAGUACUCGGUUACUCUUCCUGGGGAGGUAGCACUCAUCACAAAGUGCAGAUACAGCAUGCUCAAGAGUUAUAUUGUCAUUUGCAUUUCCAAGGGUCCACUUUGUCUUAACGAAUGAGUAUAAUUUUUAAGUUAUCACUUGCUUUUCCCUUCUUUAUGCCCCUUGAGUCUGACCGUCAGUUAUCUGACCCAAUUCUCACUGUUUUACAACCGUCUGUUACUUUUUAGAAUCGAGUGCUCGUUCCGGUCAGGCGACUUUGAAAAGCGAUGAAUGGUUGUUAAAUAGUGCGUGUUGGGUGAAUAAAGAUGGCUGUCAGAAAAGGGGAGUAGGAAAUAUAGGCAAGUAAUUUCUCUCUGACAGUGAGAAACAUAGAAAGCUUGAAAAUCAGCAUAACGUGCCACUUUAACGUGACAUUCUCUGGGUCCUGCUCUAAAAUAAUCUAAUUAAAUUUUGUUCUUUAUAAUAGGUGCAGGGCUCACAACCUAUGUGGGAGGAAAACGAGGGAGGACCCUCCAUUCCAAAAUCACAAAGUGUUAUCUCAGGUGAGUAAUAAUAUAUAUAGAGCCUCAAACUCCUUUGGGAGAUUUUUAACCACUGUAGUGGUUAAGGUGCUCGGAGUGUUCCCUUAAUGUUAAAAUAUCAUGACACACACAUUUAAACAAAUCUACUUUACCUGCCUUUUUUCCCCAGGAGAAAGCCCUGAAUUUACUGCCCUCGUGUCACGGCUAAAGAUGGGAGAAUACAGAGAGACAAAGCUCACUCUACAGGAUGUUUUUAAUAUCGGACAGGAAUCCAUGAAUGACAUUGAACUACGGACUGUAGAGAACAUUCCUUGGUAUUUUCUGCAGAAUGUAAUGGCUCUUAAUGUGAACGCAAGAAACACAACACUUAAAGAACCUGCACAAAGUGCAAAGACUAAGGAUAGUCUGAGCAGGUUUCAGUGUUUUAACGAUGAUGAAGAAACAGACUUGUCUGAUUCCGUCCACCCCCUGGAUGUUCUGUGUGUUCUCCUGAAUUGUUCAGACCAUUUCUUACAACAGGAAAUUAUAACCAAGAUGUCCAUGUGCCAGUUUGCUGUCCCUCUGCUGCUCCCUGCUGGGGAUGGCUUUAACUGCACCUUCAUGCUAUGGGCAAUGAGAGAUAUUGUGAAAAGAUGGAGACCUCACUCAUUAGUAGACAGUAAAGGUUUUAUGGAGGAUAAUGUGGUGAACAUUCCCAUGCCGACCUUCUCUUUUGUGCGGCUGGGUAAAUGUACCUUAUCCAAAUCUAAAUUCCUGAAUCAUUUGCUAAGCCCGGCUCAUGCACAUUACAGUAUUUUUGUGAAUCAGGAUAUGGAUUGCGGGAAUUACCCUCGAAAUGUCUCUGACGGGUUAGUAGAAAUAUCUUGGUUCUUCCCUGGUGGUACAGGGAACUCUGAAACCUUCCCAGAACCCUUUGCUGUCUCCAGUUUACAUGGAGACCUGAAAUAUAACUUGGCACAAUUCACCUUUCUAACACAGAUAUCUGCCGCUGUCUUUGUAUUUAUUGAGAGUUUUACUGAAGAGGAUUACAUAGUGUUUUCCCAGUUGACCAACACAAAGAUACAUUACUAUUUUGUCCUUAGCCAAAAUAAUGACAAACAGAAAAUGCAGAUGACAAGAGAAAACUUAAAAAAAUUGUCUCAAGAAUUGAAAGUUGGCAUGAUUAAGACCCACGAUAGAAAUGCCAUUCAAUCUGUUAACGAUAUACAGCUUAUUAUUUUAGGUUCUAUGAAGGACAAAGACAACCAACUAAGCCUGGAAAAUAUGAUUAUCAAGGCCGAUAAACAUAAAAUAAAAGUAGAUGAGGAUUCUGUGGAAUGUCAGGAAGCCAGGAAGCAUGCCUUGUCAAUCACUAGAAAAAUAAAGGAUGUGGCUCAAUACAAGAAAGAUACUAUGCGAUUGCAGGGUGAUCUGUGGAAGGAGAUAUCUGGCUUGGAAAAAGAGAUGUGUAGAAUGAAGAAUCAAGGAAGAUGUAACACUAACACUUACAGAAAUCAACUCAUAAAAAAAUGCUUUGACCUAACGAAGACCCAAUAUCAACACCAAGUGCCUGAAGGUAUGAAGAACUUUAUCACAUCUGUAACAAAAUUAACUGGUACAGAAAAAUGUUAUUUUAUGAAAUGGAUGAAGUUUUAUCUUGAUUCAAUUUCCAGAGACAAUGUGCCAGGGUUACAGGCUGAGUACAGGCGAAAAAGCAUUGCUAUGUCAGCAAAUACAAAUGAACUGAAGGGACUUUCCCAAAAUAUUUCAGACAGUUCAUUGGGGAUUGAACACUUCCUGCGUGAGAUGGGGCAGUUUUAUGAAGCUGAAUGUUCUAUGAUUAAACAGAAACAAAUCAGUUCAAACCAGAGACAAUUUAGUCAUCUUCCAGGAAUAGCAGCUGAUCUCCUGUUGGGUGGGUUUCCAUUAGAGCUGAUUGAUGGAGAUGCCUCCAAUAUCCCCCUGCAGUGGAUAACUGAUGUCCUGAUUGAGCUGGACACCAAGACUGGAGGACGAUGCAGAAUGAGAGUGAUCACUGUGCUGGGAGUUCAGAGUACGGGGAAAUCCACCCUUCUUAACACCAUGUUUGGUUUGCAGUUCCCAGUGGCCAGUGGACGAUGUACACGAGGGGCUUUCAUGACCCUUAUUAAAGUGAAAGAGGAUGUCCGACAGGGGCUGGGCUGUGACUUUAUUCUGGUGAUUGAUACUGAAGGUCUAAAAGCUCCUGAAUUGUCUUCUAUGGAGGACAGUUAUGAACAUGACAAUGAGCUGGCAACGCUAGUGGUCGGGCUGAGUGAUAUCACCAUAAUUAACAUGGCCAUGGAGAACUCAGCAGAAAUGAAAGACACCUUGCAGAUUGUGGUUCAUGCUUUCCUUAGGAUGAGUGAAGUUGGAAAGAAACCAAACUGUCACCUCGUACAUCAGAAUGUAAGUGACGUGACAGCACAUGACAAAAAUAUGGUUGGUAGGGCAAAUCUUCUGAAAGAACUUAACGAUAUGACAAAGGUUGCAGCUAAAAUGGAGAGAAGGAAUAAAUCCAUGGAAUUUUCUGAUAUCAUUGAUUAUGAUCCUGAAAGGUACACCUGGUACAUUCCUGGAUUAUGGCAUGGGGUCCCACCCAUGGCUCCAGUAAACCAAGGAUACAGUGAAAAUGUCUUCAAAUUAAGAAAAUAUAUUUUUGGUUUCUUAAAAGGAAGGCAAUCAUCAUUACCACAAAAUACCCGUUCAUUUAUUGAAUGGAUAAAGAGUUUGUGGAAUGCUGUAAAGCAUGAAACGUUUAUUUUCAGUUUCCGAAACAUCCUAGUGGCAGAAGCCUAUGAUCAGCUGUCCAUGAAAUACUCAGAGUUGGAAUGGGACUUCCGCAAACGGGUUCAUUCUCACUUGGCUACAUCUGAAAAUGUUAUUAAAAAUCAGUAUCCCGAAAAUCUACAGACAGGAACAUCAGAUAUGAUAACAAAUGAUAUAAAAAACCUGCUAGACAACGAGGAGGCCAACAUGACAAAUCAGUUAAUACUGUUCUUUAAGAGUGGCUGUGCCAAUGUUCAUUUGGUGGAAAGAUACAGGGAAGAUUUUUUGAUUCAUGUCAAAAGUCUCAGGAAAGAUCUUGAAGUUAUGGCAUCAAGCAAAUGCUGGGAGACGGUCAGAAUCCAAAAUUACAAAAGUGAAAUCCAAAACAUGCAAAGUAAAUUUCAGGAGUCUAUUGAAGAAAAGAUUCUUAAACAUUUAGAGAUUCACAAAAUGAGCCAAAGUGUGCAGGAUGAGAGAGAACUGAAACUGGAUUUUGAUGCAUUUUGGGAUAAUAUUUUAACAGAACUAAAGGUGACUCGGUUGCGAAAACAUCGAAUUGAUGUUGAAAUUCUGGAACAACUGAAACGGGAGAUGAAGAACAGACCAGGUGCUGUCAAUGAGAAAUUAAAUAAUGUUAAGUCACUAAAAGACUACGCGCAGAAACGUUUUGAUGUGAUUAAGGAUUACAUAGACAUUGUUUUUUUCUCAAUGAAAGGAAUUAAGGAGUUCUUUACUAAAGAUUGUUUCAAAAAGUUGUCUCACAUUGCUCGGUCAUUAACAGCUGAUUGCCAUUAUUACGUUAUGGAAAAAGUUAACACAAAAGAAGAUUAUAAUGAAGUAUAUUGCCAGGAGAUACUUUUUAUGAUAAAUCGCAAACUGGAUAAAGCAGAAGUUAGAAAACUCCAACCUACCUCACUGUUUGAAGUGGAUCUAAAGCUUCAUAUCUUGGGUAAAGCAGCUCCUCUGUUUCAGAAGAUGCACGAUGAUUUUGGCGUAAAUAAUGAUCCAAAACUUCUUCUCAACAGAUUUAAACCUCAGUACUUCUCAAUAUUUAAAAAUAGAUUGCAGCACAAAGAUAAGUCCAGGAAUUAUGCUAAACAGUUCUACGAGCAAUGUUUGAAACCUGCCGUAUUUGAAUACAUCUAUAAAAAUCUCGGGAAAGAAAUUAUUGAUGACAUGUUUCAAGGUGUUGAUGCCAUGAGGUUCAGAAGUCGGAAACACUUCCAGUUCUCGCUUCUGAAGGAUCUGCUUGCAAUAAAUCGAUUUGAAAACUACUUUCAAUAUGUUUCACAGUAUGAAAACUAUGUGAAAAACUGGAUUUCAAAGUAUAUUGCUAAAAAAUAUGGAAGCUCAAUAAGUUCAGGCAACUUUUUAUCAAAAAUUCUCUCUUCUAUUACUGAAAAGGUCAGAGCUGCACUUAGAGACCGGAAGGUCCAAAAUAGUAAAAAUGUGUCCGAAUUAUUAGAAAUCUUCUCUGUGGAGUUAAAUAAACACUUGGUGCUUUCAAAGAAUGCAAUGAAAGUGACAGGUUUCCAAAACACUUCAAGCAUCCACCAAUUUUCUAAAGACAUUGAGUAUUUCCUCAAUACAAUGGAAAAAGAAUUCACGUCCAAUAUAAAAUCGAUGGAUAUUGAGACUUUCUUCUCUAAUCUAACCCUGAAGCCUCAUGAUGAAUUGUUUCAGAAGAUCAUUGGUUGUGGGAAAAAAUGUCCAUUCUGUGAAGUUCCCUGUGAAGCUGCUGGAACUAAGCAUGAGAAUCACUUUGUAACUAUCCACCGCCCUAAAGGUUUAGCCGAAUAUAUGUGGUCAGAAUCCAAUGUUCUUUGCAACUCCAUAUGUUCUACUGAUGUCCUUUCCAAUGACAGUUUUAUAAACUCAGACACAGAUGGCAAAUGGCACCAAUACAAAGAUUAUCGCACAAUUUAUCCAGACUGGACCAUUCAACCAGACAGAGACAUGAGUUCCUCAAAUUACUGGAAAUAUGUUCUUAAACAGUUUAAUGAACAGUUUGCUGAAUGCUUUAAUGCUGGACCUGCUGAAAUCCCACCGGAAUGGCAAAAGAUAACUCAAACAGAGGCUCUCAGAUCUUUGCAAGAAAUGUAUAAUUUAAAAUAAAAACUCUGAAUAAAUUUAGCAUAUUGUACUUGGGGAUAUGCUUUGCAUCAUAUUUAGACUGUUGGCUUUUUAAACAAGAUUUGGCUUGAUUAAUGGUAAAUGAAAAACAAUGGGGCAUUCAGUAUGGGACAGUAUGGGACAGUAUGGGCAAGCUGAGUUAAGAAAAUUAGAUUUUUUAUAUUUUAUUGGUAAAAUUGAGUAAGUAAGAGGGGUCUGAAAACAUUUUAAACAUGCAGACAAUUAAUCAUAGUCUUGGUGGAAAAGUCCCCCUUGUUGCUGUCCAUUACAGGUGCCAUAAAGCCCCAAACAUUUCCUUCUGUUAACCCAGUCACCCUCUGUGUGCCUCACCCUCCUCUCCCCAUCUCCCCCUCCUUACCUGCAGCCCCCUGUGUGCCUUGGGCCCUGGCAGUAUCACUACACAGAAAAUAAAGAGGUGCACCUACAUAUAUGCACAGUUUCUGGCUAAACCACUAAAGUGAAAAUUGAAAGAGAAUUUUAAAUUUAAAGUCAAAAUAGCCGAUCAGGGUAAGAUUUAAGUCACAAUUCAAGGUGAAUUCAAAUUGAAUUUUACAUUUAUGGCCAGCGCAGCUAAGAUAAAAGAAUAUCUGACUUAUAAAAUGUUCCAGUUCACCUAUUUUAACUUUAAACUUAGACUUAUGCACAGUGAACGCGUUCAGACUUUCAGUACAAACAUUUUCCAAAAUGAAAUGUUAUUCGAGACCUCCGACGUUUAUGAAUGUGCCGGCUCAAUUCAGCCAAGAUUCAGCUGUGAAACCAAAAUUCAACUAAACCACACACGUCAACAGCAUUAGGGUUAAUCAUAUGGUGGCUGGUCAGCGUUUGCUAGCAAAAACAAUAUUGAAAACGAUAAAAAAAAGCCUAUGGGGUCAGUAUGACCCCCUGUUAGUAUAAAAAAAGGUUUUAGUCCUCCCAUGUGCCCCCGCUCAGCAUGCUGCAGGUCUGCUAAUAAAAGACUAGUGACUGGGCAUGGAAUACUGCCCAUUUGUUAACAUAUAACCCCUGUGGGCAUCGGGUUGAUGCUUUUAUUUAAAGAAUAAGAGGUGGACAGUGAUCAUGUCCUCACAAUGGAGAUAUUAUUUAAAUACAUAAAGCAAAUAAAUAAAGGGGCAUAUGGUGUCCACUUGUGCCCCUAUGAUUGGGCUCUAAAUACAUAUUGCUGACCAUGAGUGGGGGUCCAGGGAGUCACUAUAUACAGCACUAAUAUGUAUUUAGAGCCCCACUGUGAGGGCACAGGGGGUGGAUUGUGUUCACAGAAAUACCAACUGGCCCAUAACAAUUUUUUAAAUCUACUUAAAGGGACACUAUGGGCACCAAACAAACAUUAGUUUAAUGAAGCAAUUUUAGUGUAUAGAUCAUGUUCCUGCAGUCUGUAAACCAGGGUUCGAAACCCAGCAGAGUCAGUUCCUCACACUUUGUUAAAUGUUUAUUACGAUUAUUAUGAUAUUUAGUUAUGUUUAUAUGUCAUGUAUGGUGGGUCUUUCCUAAGUAUAUCUGGUGUAUUGUAACAGCACCUGCAGUGAUGAUGUCACCUCCGGGGAUGGCUGAUGGCCAACAGCUGGAUGAGGGCUUUAAAAGCAGACACAUGAGAACAUGGAUACAGAUACCCUUGAUGAAGGCAACCACUUGGUGCCAAAACAUUGGAGGAGGGGGUUGGUGACUUGUGUUUCUGCCUUGAGGCUUGAAAAAUUUGGAUAAAUUGCUCUUGAUUACGGUUUGCCUCAUUUUCUUACUUAGUUUAUUUUUUGUAAUUUAUUGUAAUUUGCCUACUGAUUAAAGUUUUGUACUUGAUAUCUGUGGCUGUUUUAGUGUGCAUUCUGUAUUAUAUCUGGAUCUUUGUAUUUAAGCAAUUAAGGGAGUGUUUGUAUGGUUUGCACCUGACUUUUUGUAUCUAUUAAUUUGUCUCUCCAUGUGGUUUUGGUUUAUAUAGAAAUUGUGUGUAGAAAUUAUUAAAUAUCAAACUGAAAAUGAAAUGGUCUUGUUUUCUUCCGUGUUUUUAAUAUUUUAUUGGUAUUUAA